UCCCUUCUUUACUCUCACAGUUUUCUGUGAGUCUUGCUCAUAUGCUUUCAAGCCUUAAAGUGGAAAUAUUCGUCAGAAGCAGAGUGACAACACUGGAUGUGAAGAUGGGACACACUUUGCUCUGUGUGUUGUGGUUAUUCUUGCUGAAUACACUCCUCCACUGUGGACAUGCUGAAGUUUGUACAAAUUUUACAGUGGAGAGUAAUCAUGUCACUCUAAAUGUAUCAGAUAAACUCAAACCUGUCCUCACUGUGUCUCAAUCAUGGCUGAGUCCUGGAGACUCAGUGACUCUGAACUGCAGUGUUAAAGAUCCCUCUGCAGGAUGGACGUUCUACUGGUAUAAGGCUGUUCCCAAACCAGCAGGCAACUCCUACAGGAAUGAGCUGCUACCUGGCAGCAGCAGUGGGACUGAACAGGAUUCCUACAUUGUUCAUGGACAGACACACACAGCAGGAUAUAAGUGCAGAGCUGGAAGAGGAGCUCCAGUGAAUUACACUCAAUAUAGCAAACCUAAGAUCGUCUGGUUUGGAGAUUUUCACCCAGCAUCAGUCAAAGUGAGUCCCGACAGAGCGCAGCACUUUUCCUCUGAGUCUGUCUCACUGAGCUGUGAGGGAAACUCUACUAAGUGGAAAGUGAUGAGGUUUACUGAAGCAGGCCACCUGUCAAACUGUUCUGAAUGGGGGACAAUGACUGGAUCCACAUGCAACAUACACAAACCUGCAAACAAAACAGUGCAAGCAGUGUUCUGGUGUGAGUCUGGAUCAGGUCAAUUCAGCAAUGCAGUCAACAUCAGUGUACAAAACAAAGAUAUUAUCCUGGUGAGCCCUGUCCGUCCUGUGACUGAGGGAGAUUCUGUCAGUCUUGGCUGCAAAUUGAAGAGAGGAAGAUUAGAUUCUAAAGUGUUUUUCUAUCGAAAUGACAAACUCAUCCAAAAUGCCACCAGAGGGGAGCUGAAUAUCUCUGCAGUGUCAAAGUCAGACGAAGGCUUCUACAAGUGUCAACACUCAGGAAAAGCCUCACCACAGAGUUGGAUGUCAGUUAAGGCAGUGUCCAGGCCUGAAGGCUCGUCACUUCUUCUGCCGUUGAUUUUUGGGUUGGUUUGUGGAAUUUUACUGAUUAUUCUCUUGCUGCUGUUGUGUUGCUACAGAAAAUCAAAGGAUUUAUACUUUGCCAGGACUACAAACUCUCAGAGAACCAAUCAGGGCUCUCCUCCAGAUCAAGUGGUUAACCAGAACGAAACUCAACCUGAAGUGCACUCCUCUCAUCUCCAUGGUGAAACUCGUCUCUCUGAAUCAAUCAAAGGCCCUGGAAACACUGAAAAUGGUGCAGAUGAAUCCAGCAAUGUCACAUACUCUUUGAUUCGGCUUAAUAACAUUAGAAAAAAGGGACAGCAUAAUGAACCAGAGGAGAGCUCCCUUUACUGGAAUGUGAAGAUAAGAUCAGCUGCAGGAAAAUCAUCUCCUGCAGUAUCGGAUGAAACUAUUUAUUCGGAGGUCAAACUAGGAACAGCUCUUGGUUCAUACAGAGAAGACUUGUCUUUUAAGCAUGACUGCAAAAAUGCCUUCUUGGAUUUCCCUGAUUGAUAAAACAUGAUAACGUGCCCUCUAGGGUUCCCUUACAGUGUGAAAACGUGAUGCACUGCCAUACAGGUUGCCCUAUAGAGGAAGGUUAGGAACUAUUUUACCAUAAAUGGAUUACAACUUUUUGCAUGCUGGUGCCCUAUUUUUUUUUUUUUUUGCCCCUGCCCCUAAGAAAGCCUGAGUCUGCCACUGAUUGAUACUGUAUGUACUUUGUUUAUACCUGGAGGUUAUUUUGCACUUUUAAAAGCUUGGUCUUUGAUAAUUUUAUGCAGCAAUAAACCUACUUUCCAGCA